AUGGCAAACUCUCUCCUGCCUUUGAUCCUCUUCAUAGUUACGUUCGCGGCAACAGCCGCGUACGCCGUAAAGGCUUCUGCCCCUGCACCAUCCUCGACAUUAAGAGAUUAUAUCACUUCUACAUCAACACACACUGCUUCCGCUCCUGCACCAUCGUCGUCAGGAGGUCACAAUACUAUCACAUCAUUUCAUACCGCACCCGCCCCUCCGCCCUCCUCACCGUCAGGAGGAUACAAUACUGUCACCUCAAACCACACUACUUCCGCCCCUGCGCCGUCCCCGUCGGGAGGUUAUGUUCCAGUCAUGUCAAACCAUACUCCGGCUCCUACACCUGCACCGUCUCCGUCGGGAGGCUAUGUUCCUGCCACGUCAAAUCAUACUACUACUCCUACAUCUGCACCUGCACCUGCACCUGCACCGUCCUUGCCUUCAGGAGACCACAUCACUCCCACACCCCCGCCGCCGCCACCGCCGCUCGGGGGCGGCAACGACAAUGACAGAAACCCGUCCCCGGCGCCAGGACCCCGCAAUUACGACAACCAUUUCAGCUACUCCCCGGCCGCCGCCCCGUCCCCCUGGGGAAGCGCCUUUCACCCCGCGAACGGCACGAAGGGCGGCUUUUGCAACAUAACCGUGAUCACAAGUGCCUAUACUUUCAAAGCCAACUCCACCAAAAACGCCACGAACCCGUGCCCCGGCACUUCCAAGGACAAAGGCAAAGCUAAACUGAAGUGCUGCAAGAAUAUCUGCCGGGACGUGCUCUGGGACGGCAGGAGCUGCGGCACUUGCGGGCGAAAGUGCGGCUGGGGCCAGAAGUGCUGCAAGGGGAAGUGCGUCGACGUUCUCUGGGACGCGAGGAACUGCGGCACAUGCGGGCGCACGUGCCGGUUCGGGCAGCUGUGCUGCGGCGGCACGUGCGCGGCGGUGGCCUACGACCCUGACCACUGCGGCAGCUGCGGCAACAAGUGCACCCCCGGUAUGCGGUGCGAGUACGGCUUCUGCGGGUACGCGUAAUGAUCGACAGUAUGCAUUCCAUCGAGUUCGUCACGGACUUGAUCAGUUACAAAUUAAUGUGGUUCGUGUUUCGUGUCGGUCUAUUUUAUUUUCUUUUUAAAAGUUUUUUUUUUUUUCUUGUUUGGGUAUUUUCUUUCAAAUACGGCAGAGAAUAGAUUAUCAAAAUUUAUGAAGCUCGUAAACUAAGAGUUUCGAUGGCUUUAAACCCUAAACUAAGAGUUUCGAUGGCUCAGAAUACUUAUUCGGUUUUCUAAA